GGCCAUUGGGGCGGGAAGGCGGGAGGGGUUGGCUGGGGUGGGCGGGCGAUGCAGGGGUCGAGGAUCUGGCAGCGCCACUGGCCUGAGGCUUAGAGCUGGAAGCGCAUCUGGGGAGGAGGGCUUGGGCGGGUCUGGUAUGGGAUGCCGUGGAAAGGAGGGGGCCGUACCACAGAUCCUGCCGAUAUCUGUGGGUGGGUCCUUUGAGGAAGCCUCCUCCCGUGUGCCCUUUUAUUUGCCAACGAGAGCGUCCCCAUGGUCUCUGUUCAAGUUCUGGAAGUUUUCUCCUUGGGUGGGCUUCCUCACCAUUUUAGAACUGCCCAGGGCUGUUUCUGAUACUAGGCACAAACGUGGGGACUAUGUCAGAACACGGGAAGCCACCCAUGGGCUUGGUGCGCAAACUUCCCAGCGGGACUGCACUUGGGGGCCCGGGCAAGACCCACUGCCCUUCGUGCUUGGCGCUUUUCAAAGCCCCCAGGCUCUUGCCUUGUUUGCACACGGUCUGCACCCAGUGUCUGGAGCAGUUGGAACCCUUCUCGGUAGUGGAUAUCCGAGGGGGAGACUCCGACAGCAGCUCUGAGGGGUCAAUGUUCCAGGAACUCAAGCCGCGCAGUGUGCAGCCGCAGACUGGCAUCCUCUGUCCGGUAUGUGAUGCCCAGGUGGACCUGCCCGUGGGUGGAGUGAAGGCUUUAACCCUAGACCACCUGGCCAUGAAUGAUGUCAUGCUGGAGAGCCUGCGUGGGGAAGGCCAGGGCCUGGUGUGUGACCUGUGCAGCGACAGGGAGGUGGAGAAGAGGUGUCAGACCUGCAAAGCCAAUCUCUGCCACUUCUGCUGCCAGGCUCAUAGGCGGCAGAAGAAAACAGCCUCCCACACCAUGGUGGAUCUGAAGGACCUGAAAGGCUCCAGCGGGAUUGGGAGGCCCAUCCUGUGUGCCGCCCACCCUGCCGAGGAGCUGAGGCUGUUCUGCGAGCUCUGCGACCAGCCGGUGUGCCGGGACUGCGUGGUCAGGGAGCACCGGGAGCACCCCUGUGACUUCACCAGCAACGUCAUCCACAAGCACGGCGACUCCGUACGGCAGCUUCUCAAAGGCACCCAGCCCCACGUGGAGGCCCUGGAGGAGGCGCUGGCCCAGAUCAGAGGCCUCAACAGCGCCCUCCAGGAGCGGGUAGAGGCCGUGGCAGCUGAUGUCCGGGCCUUCUCCGAGGGCUACAUCAAGGCCAUCGAGGAGCACCGGGAUAAGCUGCUGAAGCAGCUGGCUGACAUCCGGGUCCAGAAGGAGAAUUCGCUGCAGCUGCAGAAGGCACAGCUGGAGCAGCUGCUGGCAGAUAUGCGGACUGGAGUGGAGUUCACUGAGCACUUGCUGGCCAGUGGCUCGGACUUGGAGGUCCUCAUCACCAAGGGCGUGGUGGUAGAACGGCUCAGGAAGCUGAACAAAGUCGAGUAUAGUGCCCGGCCUGGAGUGAAUGAUAAGAUCUGCUUCUUUCCUCAGGAGAAAGCGGGCCAGUGCCGUGGCUACGAAGUUUAUGGGGCCAUUAAUACCAAAGAGGUUGAUCCAGCCAAAUGUGUUCUUCAGGGAGAAGAUCUCCACAGAGCCCGAGAGAAACAGACAGCCUCUUUCACCCUGCUGUGUAAGGACUCUGCAGGAGAGAGCAUGGGCAGGGGCGGAGACGACAUUCAUGUCGCCGUUGUCCCGAAGGAUAAGAAAGACAGCAGUGCAGUCAGAACGGUGGUCCAGGAUAACAAGGACGGAACAUACUACGUCUCCUACACCCCCAAGGAGCCUGGCCUGUACACUGUGUGGGUCUGUGUCAAAGAGCAGCACGUGCAGGGCUCCCCAUUCACCGUGACGGUGAGGAGGAAGCACCGCCCACACCCAGGUGUAUUUCAUUGCUGUACCUUCUGCUCCAGUGGAGGACAGAAAACGGCUCGCUGUGCCUGUGGCGGGACCAUGCCAGGUGGCUACCAAGGCUGUGGCCAUGGACACAGAGGCCACCCAGGUCGUCCCCACUGGUCGUGCUGUGGAAAGUUUGCUGAGAAGUCCGAGUGCUCGUGCGCAGGCGGGCAGACUGCACCGAGGGGUCUGCUCAGGACCGUGGCGCUCUGACAGCCCUCUGGCUGUGGACUCAGAGCUGCAGCGGUGUGAAUUCAGUUUAUCAGAGGGGCCCCAGGCCUUGAUUACUUCCGAGAGACAGAGAGAAUUAAAAACAGAGUGCCUUAUCGUA